AUGCGGUCGGUCAACGGGACAUGGUUAGCUGCACUGGCUUUGAGCUGGAUGAGAACGGCACAGGGUCAAUCUGAAUGCAGCACAAUAACUAAAACAUCUUAUGCUGUUGCGACAACGGUGACUGAUAUCUCGAGCUUCCGUUCGUCCCUGAACAGUCGAUUCUCUACCCCGGGCGUCUCUUGGUCAGGCGCACGAGUCCCAUACUAUUCAACCUUGCUUACCGGCGGAAACGGGGUUCCAUACACGGGAAUAUAUUACUAUGACUCCCAUGCUCUUUCUAGCGCUGGGUAUGAAGUCAUCUCAGCGCCCCAUACAACGAUAAGCUGUCCUCCAACCACAACUCCCACCCUCCCUCCAUCGCCAACAGGAUCCGUUUGUUCGCCCCACGGGCAUUGUGAUCCAAUUGCUACUUCGACCGGGACUGAAGUUCCCACAGAAACGUGCAGCCCCCAUGGGGACCACUGGCAUUGUCCAUCUGGUGUCCCUGAACCAACCACACCUCCACCUACAACUACCACCUCAUCGUCAGCUGCGAACGAGUGUGAGCCCCAUGGGGACCAUUGGCAUUGUCCAUCUGGUGUCCCCGAACCCACAACACCUCCACCGACCACUAUCAGCUCCUCAUCAGCUAUCAGCUCCUCAUCAGCUAUCAAUACGUGCGAGCCUCAUGGCGAUCAUUGGCACUGUCCAUCUGGGGUUCCCGAACCCACGACACCACCAUCUUCAAGUUCUGCUUCCAAGUCCACUGUGGGCAAGUGUGAAGCCCACGAUGAUCACUGGCACUGCCCUCCAGGUGUCCCUGAACCAACUACACCCCCACCUACUACCACCAGCUCCUCGUCAGUUGUCAAUGAGUGUGAGCCACACGGGGAUCAUUGGCACUGCCCUUCAGGUGUUCCUGAGCCCACAACACCACCAUCACCAAGUUCUGAUUCCACUUCUAUUGCGGACAAGUGUGAGCCUCAUGGCGAUCAUUGGCAUUGCCCACCGGGCGUUCCUGAACCAACAACGCCGCCAAAUACCCUCCCGAAGCUGACAACUUUACUUUCAAUCACGACAUCAAGUGAUUCAUGCACGGUUCAUGGAGACCAUUGGCACUGCCCCCCCGGCGUACCAGAACCCACAAUGAAGCCAAACACUCUAGGUACUACCAAAGCAACAGACGAGAAUCAAUACACUUCAAAAUCAGCUUCCUUGUCGGCCACUCAGCAGGUCGGCUCUCAUACCACGAAGAUAGCUAUCAGUAGUUUAAGCCCUACGGUUGUGCCGGUAUCUGAUGGUUCAAAGUUAGAUAUUUAUCGGCAAUGGAUUGUGGUCGCUUUCAUACCGGCUAUCUUCCUACUUGCAUAG